CUUACGAAGGCUGUAGUUGCCGCUCUUAGACGACGAAAAGCCCCCACCAGAUUCAAGUGGGUCAAAGGGCACAGCGGCCACGUGAGAAAUGAAGGAGCGGACUGUCUGGCGGGGCAGGGCGCAAAGAAACUCACUGUAGAUGACGUAAACACAGCAGUCCCAGAUGAUCUCCUAUUAUCGGGAGCAAAGCUGAAGAAUAUGACACAGCGGUUAGCGUACAAAGCCAUCAUGGCGAAUAAGGCGAAACGGCUCCCACCUAGGCCCCGGACGGCGCACAAUCUGGAUAUGAUUAGAGACGGAGUAGAGCACGCCUGUGGCGCACAGGUUACGGACAAAGCGGUCUGGACCUCACUCACAAAGAAGACAAUUUUUACACGUGAAAUACGACGUUUUAUGUGGAUGAGCAUCCACCAAGGAUAUAUGAUAGGGAAUUAUUGGCUCCGGGAAACUAUGUCAGACGAAAUGCGAGGCCGCGCCACCUGCCAUACAUGCGGAGAGGUGGAAUCGAUGACUCACAUACUUUUCGACUGCCAGGCGGUGGGCAGGGAGACCGCCUGGUCUCUGCUGAAGGCUCUAUGGGGCCAAACAGGUCUCCAGUGGUGGGAACCCAACUGGGGGACUGUUUUUGGCGCCGCGUGCCUCCAAGCGAGAGACGACGCCGGGGCCCGAUGGCCACACAGGGAACAACGCUGGGCCAUGCUGGCCUCAGAAACUGCGUACUUCAUCUGGAAACUGCGCUGCGAGAGGGUUAUCCGGAAUGAAGGACGGCCAUUCACGGAAACGCAAGUGAAACGAAAAUGGUAUGCAAACCUCAAUCGCCGGAUGCGUCUGGACUGUAGAUCUACGGCGAGGAGGUUCGGAAAACAGGCGCUAAAACCGGGUUUCGUUGAGCUAAUAUGGAGCCCGGUGCUGGAGGACGCAGGUGGCCUCCCGCCGGACUGGGUGUCGAAGAGUGGGGUUUUAGUAGGUAUUAGGAGGGUAGAUGACGGAGGUGAGCUGGGUGACCGGCGAUGA